CGUAGGUGCGGCCACACCAGCCACAGCCGCGGCCUGGGGAGAGGGGGUGCUAACAGCAUGGGAGUCGUCACAAAUCUUGCUCGGGGUUUGAUCAGAGGAGCUGAUCGUACGGCAGAAUUCACAAGCAAGCGCGGGUGUCGCAGUUUUUACAAAUCCCGUGGGACAAAAUUAGCGGGAUAUAUCACUUCCAGCCGCAAAUUUAUUAAAGUCCCAAGUAUGGUACCGGAGUUUGUGGUUCCAGAUUUGAAAGGCUUCAAACUGAAGCCCUACGUUUCUUACAAAGCACCAAAAGGAACAGAGGAACCGCUGACGGCCAAGAAGCUUUUCGAAGAAUUCGUCGCCCCACAGAUAGAAAAGGACAUUCGAGAAGCAACCUUUGAUAUGAAUAAUCUGGAAAAGUAUGGCUUUGAAUCAACGCAGGAGGGCAAACUUUUCCAACUGUAUCCAAAGAACUACGUACGUUAAAUGGUGGGGCUCCAGGAUGAAAUGGACCCUCUUCCCCCAUAUGUCUUGAACAUUGAGGAAGUGAACCUAACAUUUGUUUCCUUGUCCUCCUUCCUGGAUUGUAAAACAUUUUUCAUUAAAAAAAUAAAGUCAAAACUUGUUCUCA